CGCUGCCUUGCUUGGUCCGUCUUUAUAAACUUGACCCUCUCUGGACUUGUCGGUUGGAUAUCUUGUCUUUCUCUUCAUCUGUCAGAAUUGUCUAUAAUAAUUGUCUACUUGAUCGUCUACUCUACUGUCUACUCAAUUCAACUCAAUUGUCUACAUCGACACCCUUGAUCGAUCUCUCGAUAUCAACCUAUCCAAUCACACUGAUAGAUCAGCCCCACCAAAACAAACUCAUCAUGGCGCUCACCAUGACUCCCAUCAUGCGUCAACCUUUUGCCAAUCUGGAGACUCCACGCGUGCGAUCCCUCAUGCGUUCUCAUCUGAACCGUCAGCCUGCCAAGAGAGCCCCCCUGGGUGACCUCGCCCUCGACGCCGAGAAUGUCGACCCGACGCGUAACGCCAUCAAGCGCAAGCGCGGCGCCGACGACGACGACGACGAUGUCAAACCCUCCCUGAAACCCAGCAAAACAUCUCGCAUUGCUCUUUCGACCAUCCCGAAAACCACCACCACCACACCGACCCCCACGCCCAUCACCACCCCAAUCAAACCCACCUCCAAACCCAUCCUCAAACCCGCCGGCCGCUCCCCCGUCAAAUCCACCCCGCGAUCUUCUUCCCACCGCCGCUCCAACGUCUCCAAACGCCCCGACCAGCGUUCCCGCGUCACCCGUCCCUUCUCCCUCGCCGCUGCCCUGGCGGGGCCCCAAAAGCCCGCGUCUAAGAAAUCCACGCCCCCGUCCUGGACCUUUGAUAUCCACGUCGACACUGAACAGGAGGAGAUGACCAAUUUGAUGCAGCACUCUACUACCGUGCUGGAUAUUGGCUCCGACGAUUCUACUGCAUCGGCGACUACCUCUGCGACUAUCUCGUCCGAAGCCCGCGGGAAGGAGAACAUCCCCCCCGCCGAGCUGGAGGUGGAGUCCGCGUCCGCCCCAGCCCGGGAACCCGCUCCCUCGCGAAAGGACGCGAUGGAGGACGCGCGCUCUCCGUUAGGCGAUCUUCCUGCUGCGGAUUACUACGGCGAGGACUGCCAUGCGUUUUCGUAUGCUGUGGUUUAUGAUGAGGAGGAUGAGAAUCUCCCGCGGGAGACUGCGGAGAAGGAGAAGAAGAAGCACACGCGGAGCAAGCUGUCGAGCGUUUCGUCUGUCGAGUCGAUUUUGGAAACUGCUCCAGAGGAGACCCUCAACGCUGAUGAUGAGAAAAAGGCGGAUACCGCCGCGACUGGUCCCGCCGAGGCUGACUCUUGAUAUACACACAUACACAUGUUGCGACACGUGUAGAGUCAUGCUUAUAUCAAUAUACCACGGACGGCGUUACUUUGGUUGAUUUGGUUUCUUUUCGGCGCGGGAAUCUAGUUGCA